UGUAACCUUGGUGUACAGCACGCUGUGCAUGCUUUGCUGUAACAGCUCAAAAAGUUUGCUUGCGGCAGAUUGUUAAUUCCUACAAAAAACAGUGCAACACCCUUCAUAUUUAAAUAGUAUAUCGAUCUUUGGCUCCUUAGAGCUCACGCCCAUAGGUUAGGCACCUGCGACAGAAGGGCUGCUGAGUUGGCGCUAGAGACAGUCCCAAAAUGCCACGAGCACUUCAGGAACAACUUGCCCACGUUAGCGGCGGGGGCAUGCUUGGGAUUGGUCUCUCCUGCGGCUUUUGUAUUGGGUUGAUCACCUAUGCGUGCGUAAUGUGGCUGAUUCGGGCCUGCUCGGGGAAGACAACGCAUAAUCGGUCGCAGUCGAAGCUACAGAACGGCAAUGAAGGAAAUGGCUCUGCUGUGCCGGAUCGACUUCCCGAAGCUAACAUUGCACCAUAUGCCAAGCCCCCUACAUCCAACAACGACUACUUCUCGCCACUGCAAUCAAGUAUUGCCAAGUCCGUCAAUUUACGCAACAGUGCCAACAGUAGCGCAAUGCUGGAGACGGCCGCGGCAUUUGGGGGCCACGGAUUUGCAGUUCUGCAUGUCUCACGCCCGACAGCGCCUAGCACAGCAAGCGCUCCGUCAUCCCAGCCUCCAUCCACUCCUCUUCGAGACUUCAACCCCAUUCAGUCCCCUUCAGCGCUCGACGCGUCGGAGGUCAACGUGGCCGUGCCGCCAGGACCUGCUCCAGUCUGCGACACACAGGUCACCCCGGUUGGACAGCGGCCGCCUGCAGCGCAGCACCACCAGCGCCUGGUCUCAGUUGCUGAUGCCUAUGCUGCCCAAGACCUUGACGACGAGUGGGCCGUCGUCCUCGGCGACCUAGACGGUAUGUUGGCUAAACGAGGCCAGCCCCGGCUCGCCUCUCCGGAGCGUGCGGUGGCGGUCCGGCGGCUCAUUGCGGUGACGGGCAGUCGCGGCAUGCACUUUGCGCUGGAGGCGGCUCUGCAGGAUGUGUUGCGCGUGCGCAGCAAGCAGUAGUAGUAAGCUACGAAUUGACCGUGUGCCAGGGCUUUAGUUGACGACGCAUAGUUGAAUGCAGUUUUCGUAGCUGCUCGGAAUGAGUAUGCUAAAGCGUGUGAUUCCGUUUCAUGAAACAUGGCGCUUUCGUCCUGCACAUCCGUCGUAUUUACCUGCUAACACUGGUUCUGUACGGUGCCUAAAUUGGGGUACCGAACCACUGUAUAGGCUGCAUUCGUUUGCAAGGGGCCCGUCGUGGCCUGCUACGGUUCUAUCUGCUUUGUGCAUUUCCAACUGCUGCCUUCCUCAGCCUCUCAGCGUGCCAUAUGGCUGACGUCGUGUUGUGCAGCUGCGACCUGGCUCGUCGAGUGGAGAAAUGUCAUGCCGUGAUCAUGCCGUAUCAAACCGUAUUCAUUAUGAGGGCAAACAUUACAUUGCCCAUGUGGUGAUGGGCACACACGUGGUUGUAGGCCCUGGAAACUCUGUUUACCUAUACCUACAAAAUGGACCAUUGCCAAUUGGGUCAUGUCACGAACUAGUACCCCGGACAUGUAAAUGCGAAAUCGGUACUGUUCACUUGACGCAUUCCACUUGUGUUCCUGCUUGCAAACCUGCAACCAUAAGUACCGUCCAUCAUAGCAAAGUACAUGGACCAUAGCGGGAAAAGGGAAUCAUGCACGUCACACGUCCAACAUCAAUCACCAUGUCGACAGUCUCGUCAGCAUGCAUACGGAGGCGUUACCGUUCAUUGCUGGGACAUUGAGCAAGAAUCCGUGGUACGAAGUAUGAAUUCAAAAGCAUACAGCUCCGCCUCCUGCGGCUAUAAUGUAUUAGCACAGUACUACAUCUACACGUCCACCGCCACCUCCUGCUAACUCUACCUACCUAAUAUACCACCUGUCAUGCCUGCAGCUUUCCCGAUCUACUCUAAUUUCCAUUCCCAACCCGACUAAAACGCUAAUGUCAUGUAGUUCUUUUUGUUGUUUCUGUGGAAGGAUUUGCGGAGGACCGUUGGGGGCUGGUAGUACGCUGGCCCAGGUGCGUUCGCAGACGCCGCAUACGAGCGCUGGUCGAUGACCUCCUCAUGCCCUGCGCUGCGGCUGCGGAACGGCGCCGACACGCCCUUGGGCGGGCUGUGCGAAUGCAGGGGCGCGUGUGUGGGCUCUAGGUAGUCAUGCGCCACCUUCUCGCUCGUGCUCGCCAGCACCUGGCGUGACUGCCGCCGCUGCGCCGCUGCGUUCUCAGGCGUCAGGAACUGCGGGCUGGGUCGGUGCGCCUCGCGGCUCAGUUUAGCACGAAUGGAGGCAAAAUCC